AUGACUCGUGAAAGAGGUGGAAGUGUCUCCACCACGAGGACCUAUGCAGGCCUCAUGGGGAGACCACUUGGAUUGCUAAUCUCGACGAUUGCAACAACGGGUUUCUUACUCUUUGGUUAUGAUCAAGGUGUUAUGUCUGGCAUCAUUUCUGCAACUCCGUUCAACUCCUACUUCCCAGAGACCGACAAUGAUUCCGUAUACCAAGGAUUCGUUACUGCUAUCUACGAAGUCGGAUGUUUACUUGGAGCCAUCUUCGUCCUUACGUUCGGUGAUAGGACUGGUCGAAGAAGAGCUAUGAUGCUCGGAGGUCUUAUCAUGAUUAUUGGCGUUGUCAUCCAAAUCACUGCGAUCAAAGGCAGCAACGCUACUGCACAAUUCAUCAUUGGACGAACCAUUACUGGUAUUGGAAAUGGAAUGAAUACAUCGACGAUCCCCACAUACCAAGCAGAAUGUAGUCGCACUUCAAAUCGUGGUCUUCUCAUCUGUAUCGAAGGAGGAAUCAUUGCUUUCGGCACGAUGAUUGCAUACUGGAUCGACUAUGGCGCUUCAUACGGACCAGAUAACUUGACAUGGAGAUUUCCAAUCUCUUUCCAAAUCAUCUUCGGUCUAAUCCUUAUCAUCGGAACCUGGUUCCUACCAGAAUCUCCCCGAUGGCUCUUGACCAAAGAUCGUCACGAAGACGCAAUCGAUGUCAUCGCAGCCCUCAACGGUCUCGAGACUACCGACCCUGAAGUCCACCUCCAGCACACCCUCAUUGUCGACGGUAUCAAAGCCAGUGGGGGCGUCAACGGAAAGACACCAUUCUCUGCUCUGUUCACAGGUGGCAAGACCCAACACUUCCGUCGUAUGCUCCUCGGCGCCUCAUCUCAAUUCUUCCAACAAUUAGGUGGUUGCAAUGCAGUCAUCUACUACUUUCCCAUUCUCUUCCAAACCUCCAUCGGUACGACGCACAACCUCGCUUUGUUGCUAGGAGGCGUAAACAUGAUCGUCUACUCCAUCUUCGCUACUGUCUCCUGGUUCAUCAUCGAGCGAGCUGGUCGUCGUCAAUUAUUCCUCUGGGGCACCGUCGGCCAAUGUCUUUCCAUGGUUUUAGUGUUCGCGUGCUUGAUCCCGCAAAGUGGAAAGGGUCCCUCGGCCAAGGGAGCGGGUGUUGGUCUCUUCACCUACAUUGCAUUCUUCGGUGCUACCUGGCUGCCACUUCCUUGGCUGUACCCUGCAGAGAUUAACCCUCUACGGACUCGUGCAAGAGCUAAUGCCGUAUCCACCUGCUCGAACUGGCUUUUCAACUUCCUCAUCGUCAUGGUAACACCAGUAAUGAUCUCCUCCAUCUCCUGGGGCACAUACCUCUUCUUCGCCGUCGUGAACGCCUGCUUCAUCCCCAUCAUCUACAUCUUCUACCCGGAAACCAAGAAGCGCUCCCUCGAGGAAAUCGACCUAAUCUUCGCCAAAGGCUACUUGGAGAACAUCUCCUACGUCAAAGCGUCCUUCGAUAUGCCGUUCCUGUCGGACCGGGAAAUCGAGGCUAUGGCGAGAGAGUAUGGGUUUAUUGAUAGCGAUGAGGAGGAGAAGGUUGGUGAGAAGGCGGAUAAGGGUGUUGAUGCUGCUGUACCUGCGACUGGGAAUGGAGAUGAGACGAGGGCGAGUAGUGGUGAGAAGGCGAGGGUGGAGAGGAGUAACAGUGAUAGGACGCUGCAUAUGAGUGAUACUCAAGAUCACGGGUUCAGGAACGACUAA